AUGCCGCCCGCAAGGCGUUCUAGGCAGCGGGACAUCCGCGAUAUGGCGGAUUCCGUUGCCCGCGCGCGUUUGGACUACCUGUGGGCGACAGUUGUGGCUGAAAAUGAUCUUGCCUUCAACGUCUCCAAGUCUCGUGCGCUACAGGCCUUCGUUGACGCGGCCGUCGUCUACGCGAAGCCCUACACACUCCCAACCCCUUACAAGGUGUCCGGAUCUCUCCUCGACAAGCUAAGGGCGGACGCCGAGGAGCUUGUGAGGCCGUUGAAGGAGAGUUGGAAGACGACCGGGUGCAGUCUCUCGGUGGACGGGUGGACAUGCUUGAAGUCCCGCGCGAUGGUGUGCGUCAUCGCCCUCAACGACACCGCGCCCGUCAUUGUGGACAUGGUCGACUCGAAAACCGCGAAGAAAACGGAGGAUUACCUCGCGGGUCUCAUCGGCAAGUCCAUCUCCGAAGUGGGGAAAGAUCUCGUGGUCCAGGUCAUUAUGGACAACGCCUCUAACAACCGAUCUGCGGCUGAGAAGCUUAAGGUGGAGUUUCCUGGGAUUUUCAUCACCAAUUGCGCCGCCCACUGCUUGGAUCUUAUGCUUCACGACUUUGGGAAAGUCAAGCCCAUCAAACUCGUCUUGGAGCAAGUUCAUCGGGUCGUCAUGAUGAUCAAGGGCAGCGCCUCGGCCGUCGUUCUAUUCCGCGAGCUUUUUACCAAGCUUUCGUUGGUGCGCCCGGGUGCGACACGUUUCGGCAUGCAAGUCAUCAUGCUACGCCGAUUCUUGGAGGUGAAGAAGGCGCUCCCGGAGAUGGUCAUCAGCGAUGAAUGGAAAGGGGUGGCGGUGGCGCAGAAGACCGAAGGGCAGGAGUGCUAA